AUGCUACUGCUUCGCGCUCUGCUGAUUUCUCUGUUUGGCUUAUUCAUUGAAGGACAAGAAUACAUCUCCGAUUUCUACUACAUUGGACUUCAAUUUGAGUGUGAUCCUCAGUGUUGGUUUAAUGAGUCGGUGGUAACCACAAAAACGUUGAACAAAUUUCCCGUCGAAUGUGCAACCGUUUGUGGGAAAAUGAUGUUCACUAGCGAGUCCGAUGUCUCGAUAUACGAGGCGACUCCCUAUUUCAAGAAUUUAACCCGACUCAAUGGAGCUUUAUUGUUUGAUAGAACAUUGUACAAAAGUUUUGAGUUUCUUGCGAAUUUGGAAGAAGUCCAUUGCGAGCAGCUAUACGGAAUAUUUUCCAUUACGAAUAACGAGCAUUUACAACAUCUCGGCCUCGAUAAAUUGAAAAUGGUGACCUGCAUGAUCACAAUUUAUGAGAAUCAACAUCUGACUGAUCUACCAUGCGAUCUCAUUUCAGCAAGUGGAGGUGCUGCCGACGGGAACUUGGAAAAUUGCAAAGAAUGCGCAUUAGGUUCGAUCAAUAUUGAUUCUAUUCGGAAACCGGAGAAUUGCACAACUGGAACAUUGGGAAUCUACUUGAGAGAUGUCUUUUAUUGGAGUGGAACUGAUAUGUCAGCAUUUUCGCAACUUGAAAAUCUAACUGGUUCAUUGGAGGUUUUCUCAACAGAUGUUCCAAAUUUGGGAUUCCUCAAUAACUUGAAACGAAUUCGAUCUGGAGACCUUAUUAUAUCUGAAUGUAGAAAUAUGACAUCUCUUGGAUUGGUACCACUAGUUGAGUUUGUUCCAUUCAGCGAAAACCGUCGAGCUUCAAUCUCCAUUUCUACGGUCCAUAGUGAGUUUUGUCUGACAGUCGGAGAAAUGGAAACAUUCCUCUCAAGUGGUGUGAAAUUCAACAAUGUCGAAGCGAAACCAUGCAUAAAUGAUUCAAGAAUCGAUAAUAUUAAUAUCUGCGUGUACGAAUCAAUGAAAACUUUUAAAUCGUCAUGCUCACACCUCAUCGGCAAUAUUCUAAUCAAUUCUGAAAAUGAGGAUGAUGUCGAAGUUCUCAAAAAUGUGAAAAUGAUUUUCGGACAAAUCACGAUUAAUGACACCAAAUUGAAGAGUCUCGAAUUUCUCAAAAAUUUGGAGUUUGUUGCUCUUCUAAAUGAUUCUCGUCCAGCUGUAAUUGUGUCCCAUAACAGUGUGAUUGAGGAUAUGACAUUUAAGAAUUUGAAAAGAGCUUUUAGUUUCGGAAAAUAUCACAUUGAAUAUGAGGAGAAUAUGGGUCUCGCAAUGAAAUCUGACACUUGUCCCGAAUUCCGCGAUCGACUAACCGAUACUGCGAUCAAGUUGAAUGGAUUUGAAUGCGAAGUCCUUUCUCGAUUCGAUACCAUAGACGAGAAAUUGAGUACAACGAUCAACUUCAUGUCCAGCAUUAUCAUCAUUUGUUUUACUCUCUUCAUUAUUCCUUGA